ACUUUUAUUUUGGGGGGAAACUGUGUGACAUCACAUCCGGCUACCAGCUGUUGACAAAGCGCUGCCUCACUGACUACAGCUGCUGUGUGAACCGCUCGCUACAAAACUGGAUAUGGAGAGUUCAGCGUGGCAUCUCUCCCUGAAACUCAGCGACAAACCCAAGGCGAAGUUCCGGUUUCCAGACACCGAACCUGGAGACGUCCAUCCGGGAGGAUACCAGGUGUCGAGUCUCAAACAGCUGAUCUCAGCGCAGUUAUCAGACUCGCUGCCAGACCCUGAGCUCAUAGACUUUGUGCACUGUGGCUGUGUGCUGAAGGAUGACCUCACGUUAGACUCCUACGGGAUCAAGUCUGGAUCAACACUGCACAUCAUUAAGAAGACGUGGCCGGAGCCGGAGGUCAAGCCUGAGCCGGUGAACAGGUCUGCUGCCGCCAGAGAGUUCCGGAUGCUUCAGGCCGGGCUGCACUCCAACGGAGCGUACAGAGAAGCGGUGUUUAAGAUGCUGGCUAAUAAAGAGUCACUGGAGCAGAUUAUCGCCGCCUCACCUGGACUCAGUUCAGACCCUGUCGCUUUAGGUGUGCUUCAGGAUAAAGAUCUGUUCGUUCAGUUUACAGACCCAAGCCUGCUGGACAUGUUGAUCCGAUCUCACCCGGCAUUGGUCAACGCUAUCAUCCUGGUCCUGCACUCGGUGACCAGCAGCAUGUCCAGCCAAUCCGGCGGCAGCUCGUCCCGCAACGUGUCGGCCAGUUCUUACAGUGAAAUGCCAGGAGGUUUUCUGUUCGACGGCAUGUCAGACGAUGAUGAGGAUUUCCAAUCUCAUGGAAACAGAGCUAGACACCAGAGACCGUUUGGAGCAUCCAGACCGAUGACUCUGGGUCACAGCGGAGCCACAGGGCCACGUCCCAUCACCCAGAGUGAGCUCGCGUCCGCCCUGGCUUUAGCCAGCACCCCAGAGGGCAGUGCAGGCCCGCCGACACAGAGCGCUCCGGAGAUGUCUUCUGGUGGGCCGUCAGUAGCGUCAGGCGCUCCGGUCAACAGCAGUCUGCUCAGUCAGGCUCUGCAGCAAGCCCUACAGGCCUCUGGCGUGAGCUCGCUUCAGGGCCGCUGGCAGACGCAGAUGCAGCAGUUGAGGGAUAUGGGCAUCCAGGACGAGAAUCUGGCUCUGCGUGCGUUAACAGCCACAAACGGAGAUCUGCAGGCCGCGCUAGAGAUCAUCUUUGCUGGAGGACUUUAACGUGUCAAGGUUUGGCUUUGGACUGAGACUGACCAUGAAACAUCUCACCUUAAACUAAGGGCUGCUUUGUUUUUGUUUUUUUGUAUUGCUUUUCACCUAAAUAAAAAUAAAAAAAGUUAUUAAAAACUA